CACGCAUCACGUGUUGCUUUAUUUUAUUUAUAGAUUCAUUUUUGUUGAUAAAUAAAUUCGUUUAUUACUUUUAUUAGUUAUGGAAGUUAAAAGUGAAAUUAAGAAAGAAUUUACUGAAUGUGACCAAAAAUCAGAAAGUCAUCUGUUUACAUCAGUAGAUCUCCAUAACUUAAAAAAUGAACCAAAAGAAGAUCACCCAGCUAUGGAAAUUAAAGUUGAAAAAGAAGAGUUUCCAGAAUGUGAUCAUGAAGAUAUAGAUAAUCUAUCCACAUCAAUAGAUUUUCAAGAUUUGAAGGAUGAACCAGAAGCAGAGGAAAAUCAACCAGGUUGUUUAAGCAGUGAGAACAUAAUGAAAAUUAUGAAAACACCUGAACAUUCAUCUCAUAAAGAAGAUUUGGGUAGAUACAUUGAAGAAAAAACAUUAAGUAAAAACAUGAAAGUUCAAACUGGAAAUGGACCUUACAAAUGUGCAAUUUGUUUAAAACAAUUUACUGGACCAUAUAAUCUGAAAUCACAUAUGAUAAGUCACACUGGUGAAAAGCGUUACAAGUGCGAAAUUUGUUUUAAACAGUUUGCUCGAGCUGGUCAUUUGAAAUCACAUAUGAUGAUUCACACUGGAGAAAAAAGUCAUAAAUGUGAAAUUUGUCUUCAGUCAUUUACUCAAGCCGGUAAUUUGAAAUCACACAUGAUGACUCACACGGGAGAAAAACCUCACAAGUGCGAAAUCUGUUUUAAGCAGUUUACUCGAGUAGGUGAUUUGAAAUCACAUAUGAUGAUUCACACUGGAGAAAAACGUCAUAAAUGUGAAAUUUGUUUUCAGUCAUUUACUCAUCUCGGUCAUUUGAAAUCACAUAUGAUGACUCACACGGGAGAAAAACCUCAUAAGUGUGAAAUUUGUUUGAAACAAUUUAUUGCAGCAAGUACUUUGAAAAGACAUUUGAGAGUGCAUACUGGAGAAAAGCCUUACAGGUGCGAAAUUUGUUUUAAGCAGUUUGCUCGAGCUGGUAAUUUGAAACCACAUAUGAUGAUUCACACUGGAGAAAAAAGUCAUAAAUGUGAAAUUUGUUUUCAGUCAUUUACUCAAGCCGGUAAUUUGAAAUCACACAUGAUGACUCACACGGUAGAAAAACCUCACAAGUGCGAAAUCUGUUUUAAGCAGUUUACUCGAGUAGGUGAUUUGAAAUCACAUGAUGAUUCACACUGGAGAAAAACGUCAUAAAUGUGAAAUUUGUUUUCAGUCAUUUACUCAUCUGGGUCAUUUGAAAUCACAUAUGAUGACUCACACAGGAGAAAAACCUCAUAAGUGUGAAAUUUGUUUGAAACAAUUUAUUGCAGCAAGUACUUUUAAAAGACAUUUGAGAGUGCAUACUGGAGAAAAGCCUUACAGGUGCGAAAUUUGUUUUAAGCAGUUUAUUCAAGCCGUUAAUUUGAAAUCACAUAAUAUGCUGAUUCACACUGAAGAAAAAAGUCAUUAAUGUGAAAUUUGUUUUCAGUCAUUUACUCAAGCCGGUAAUUUGAAAUCACACAUGAUGACUCACACGGUAGAAAAACCUCACAAGUGCGAAAUCUGUUUUAAGCAGUUUACUCGAGUAGGUGAUUUGAAAUCACAUAGGAUGAUUCACACUGGAGAAAAACGUCAUAAAUGUGAAAUUUGUUUUCAGUCAUUUACUCAUCUCGGUCAUUUGAAAUCACAUAUGAUGACUCACACGGGAGAAAAACCUCAUAAGUGUGAAAUUUGUUUGAAACAAUUUAUUGCAGCAAGUACUUUGAAAAGACAUUUGAGAGUGCAUACUGGAGAAAAGCUUUACAAGUGCGAAAUUUGUUUUAAGCAGUUUACUCGAGCUGGUCCUUUGAAACCACACAUGAUGACUCAUAUUGGAAAAACCUCAAAGAUGUGAAACUUAUGUGAAAUAAUUUAUUGGUGCAAGAAAUUUGAGAGCACACACUGGAGAAGAGCCUUAAAAGUGUGAUAUUUCUUUUAAUCAAUUUAGCGUGUUUGUUUAAUUUAAUUCAAUAAUGUUUUGUAUUUUGAGAACGAUUUCCGAAGUGGAAAUCGAAAUGUACAAUUUUAAAGUAAAAUUGUGACUUAUUCCUAAAAAGUAGUAAACAGCUUUAUAAGGGUGAAAUUUGUUCUAAACAAUUUGCUGUUUAUCACAUAAUGAAUAUAAAAUUUCAAUUAAGUUAUUGAAUCAAAAUGUUUGCUUUUUCCUCCUGAUUUAUAAUUUUUUCUGCAAAUUAAUUAAACAGUUUUUAAAAAAAAGUUGUGCAGAUUUAUAUUACGAUAAUUUUGGUACAAAAUUUUGAAUAUUUUAAAGAACAAAGGCUCAAAAUGUUUCUUUUCGUCUUUAAAGAGGGGGUCUGGAAGCUUGAAAAGACAUCUCACUCCAGAACGCCGCCUGACUGACCUUAGUGCAGGAUUCAUUCUUCGUAGCCCCAACGAUAGUUCCCGAGGUACUUUAGAACGCUUUCUCGUCGCCGAGGCUACGCCGAAUGCCUACACUUAACGUUCCCGAUAACGGACCGGGACAAGCCGAACUGAACCGACUACAAGCACAAGCAGAUUGUCGAUCCUAGCUUUCUAUGCAUAUGCGGUAUAUUAGGUACGAUUGGAUUUAUUAUAUUUUAUAAGUUUUUGAUAUAAGUGUUAAAAGUACAAUUUUAAGGCACGUAUGUGAAAGUUUGCCGAAUGAGCGAAGCGAAUUCUGCAAUUCACAUGAGUGCCUUAAAAAUGUACUUUUUAACACGUAUAUCAUACAAUAUUUUUUCUACAAACGUUAUAAAUUUAUAAAAUACAAUAUUUUUGUUAAUUGCUGAAACCAUGAAACCUAUGGCCCGUAAAAGGUAAAACUGGUUGUCUACACUCGAGGGGAAUAUCUAAAAAUUCUUAGCAAAAAUAUUAUACCGUGACAUAAACUUGUUUUUUCUACAAACGUUAAAAAUGCAAUAAUACAGUUUAAAUUAAAUUUUAAAAAACCUUUGUAACCACCUUUUUCAAAUUGCGCAAGUUGUACUAUUAAUAUUAAAAUUAUGAAAUAUAAAUAUUUUGACGUUUCACAAUUUGACAAUUCACUUUUAACUGCAGUGCCUUAAAAAUUUUAAAGCACUAGUGCUUUAAAGUAGCAUUUUUAAUGCUCCUAUGGAGUGCUAAAAAUUGCAUUUUUAAUACGGUUGUAGAAAAAAGUAUUUAAAACAUUGUUCAUUUUAAAUCAGUGUUCAUUAUUACCUAAUAUAUUAUUCUGAAGCAUUUAUGUAAUUUAUUAUUCUAAAUGGGAAAUAAGCCACAAUUUAACUUAAAAAAAAUGAUUGUAUUAACGUUUCCACUUCCACUUCGGACGUUUAUAAACCUGGAUCCUGCGUACCAAAAAAAAGUUGAUUAAUAGCAAGCUGAAAAUUUGUUAUUAUACCCUAUUCCACGAACAUACGACUGUUGUGGAGUAUCUCAACAACGAAUAUUUUACUGUGCAAAUUAUGAAGAACGAAAGUAAAUUGCAAAAUACAUUGUUGUUUAUUGGAACAAUUAUUAGAGCCUUUUACUUUCGCACUUCUUAUGAUGCACACUAAAAUAUUCGUUGUCGCGAUAAUCCAAGACAGUCGUAUAUUCGUGGAAUAGCCCAUAGCUUAACGGUGUCUAGUCGGACAAAGUUUGAUGUACAGGAACACUGGAACAGGGGAAGUUUUAAUUGUGGAACAAUUUAAAAAUUUGGAACGUCAGAUUAUGAAAACUUCCAAUGUAUUUUGUCGGACAGAACAUCCAAUUGAUUUGCUACCAUUUCAUUAAACUCUCAUGCAAACAUCAGACUGGUGUUUAUCAGCAACUGGGCAUUUUAAUUAGUGGAACACGAAGAACAUGUCAAAUGACAGGAAUCGUGUUGGUUUGUAAUAGCAGUCUGAUUUUUGCAUGAGAGUUUAAUGAAAAAUGAAAGGGUAACAAAUCAGUUGGAUGUUCUGUCCGACAAAAUACAUGUGACGUUUUCAUAAUCUGACGUUCCAAAUUUUUAAAUCGUUCCACAAUUAAAACUUCCCUGUUGCAGUGUUCCCGUACAUCAAAGUUUGUCCGACUAGACACCAUUAAGAUAUUAACAAAUUUUCAGCUUGCUAUUAAUCAACUUUUUUUGGUACGCGGGAUCCAAGCCUAUUACAUAUAAAAGUACCUAUUUAGUUUUUAAUAAUUUGUUUCAGAAAAUGUUUAAGUGUUUGAAAAAUGUUGUAUGUUGUGGUUGUGUUUUUUAUUUGUAAAAUUUAUAACCAAUAAAUUAUUUUUCUUUAUUUGUUACAUUUACAUACAAAGUAGUUUUUACGUGUUUCAAAAGUUGUGAUGCUAGGUUGUUUCAAAAGAAAUAGCUUCAGAAUAAUAUAUCUUAGGUGAUAAUGAACAAUGUUUUAAAUACUUUUAAAACUUAAAAAUUUUUAGAAGUUUUAAACUUCUAAAAUAUAUUAAUCCAGUCGUACCUAAUAUAGGUACCGCGUAUGUAUAGAAAGCUUAGGAUCGACAAUCUGCUUGUGCUUGUAGUCGAUUCAGAUCGGCUUGUCCCGGUCCGUUAUCGGGAUCGUUAAGUGAAUGCCUACCUGCUAAACCAGAAACCUCCUGUGUCAGCCAGCGCUCCGAAAUCCGAAAGCUGAAUGGCCGCUGCAAGGUCGACAUCGCUUCCCAAGCCCUUUACCUUCAUUUAUCUACUAGAAUUGGAUCCCGCGUACCAAAAAAAAGUUGAUUAAUAGCAAGCUGAAAAUUUGUUAUUAUACCCUAUUCCACGAACAUACGACUGUUGUGGAGUAUCUCAACAACGAAUAUUUUACUGUGCAAAUUAUGAAGAACGAAAGUAAAUUGCAAAAUACAUUGUUGUUUAUUGGAACAAUUAUUAGAGCCUUUUACUUUCGCACUUCUUAUGAUGCACACUAAAAUAUUCGUUGUCGCGAUAAUCCAAGACAGUCGUAUAUUCGUGGAAUAGCCCAUAGCUUAACGGUGUCUAGUCGGACAAAGUUUGAUGUACAGGAACACUGGAACAGGGAAGUUUUAAUUGUGGAACAAUUUAAAAAUUUGGAACGUCAGAUUAUGAAAACUUCCAAUGUAUUUUGUCGGACAGAACAUCCUCUUUCCUGUCUUCUCUCGGCCAUAGUGAGCUCUAGGUCUCUUCUCUCAUCAUAUAGUUCUUUUCUUUUCACUACCAACACAUGCAGCGGAACACAUCCAGUAAUACAAAACAAGGCUGCGGCAGACACAGUCCUGUAGGCGCAUGCCACUCGCAACAGACUCGUUUUGUCCACUCGUGUCAUGGGCCCCUAUAGGACUGUAUCCCUACCACCUCACUCCAGACUGGUGCCGCAUAGACUAUAGAGGACGAUCGACUGCACAACACCGCGCAAGGCCCUCCAAUUUGGGUCCCCCAAUGUUGGGCAUUAACCUUCCCAGCGCAGCCGCACUGUUACCAUCCGCACGUGCUCCCCCCACUUUCCAUUCUGGUGCAACGUCGCUCCUAGGUACUUUACGUGUUUCUUGGAUAUUAGACACGCUCAUAAUUAUCUAAACAACCAGGAACUGGAAGUACCUUAUGAUUUAUUUCCUUUGUUAGAUCUAUUUCUUCUACAUUUUUGGAAAUAUUAGACUUUUUUAUAUACAUAUAUAGUAUCUGCAUAAAGAGCCUAGCCGGGUAAGAUGAUGAAAAGUGCCCCCAACUAGAUUCGAAUUCCAUAUAGGUCACUGUUUAGCAUAUAUAGUGAAACUAACUUUGUGAAAUUUUUAGACCCCUAGGUGGUCAUGUGACCCACCUAGAGCCUAAUUAGGGUUUUGUUUUUAUUUUUUCUGAGCCGCAACUAGCGAAAAACUUUAAA